CCCAAUUUACUAAAAUUGCCCUCAGUCUGCCCUCUAAUACCCGUGGUACAGUCAGCAGACAGACAGCUUGUUGACUUAGAUGCCCUCCGGCUUCAUGUCCUGUAGAUGCACUGAGGCCCACAUAGCCAGCUGCAAGAGCCUGAACAAAUUUCACCACUGAAUAGUAUCAGUCAUGAGCUGGCUCUUCAGAGAAAAGGGGGCUGAAGAAAUACAGUACUGUAGGCUAAAUUCUCUGUUUUUCAAAAUGUAGGUAAAAAGGCAAUGUAAAACAAAAAACAUAGCUGCAUAGUUACAUCCUUGUAGCUUUUCUGAAUAUUCCCAGCACUCGCAUGUUAUUGCACUUGACUACUUAGAAGAAGAUUGCAUUUUACUGACAUUGCCUAAAAUUGCCAAUUGCCUUGGACUAAAAUUUUCUUUUACUUGGCUUUAAACCUGGAUGAAGAAUGAUGAUUCCUCAUGUUGUUGUGUUUUGUUGCUUCGCAGUUGUCUGUGCGGAGGUGUCAGAAGUGCUGGAGGUGAGCGGCCAUGUUGGAGGAGAGGUCUCCAUCCACUGUUCUGGUAGCUGGACCACAAACAACAGCUCUGAACACUACUACAUGUACUUCUGCAAAGGAGUCUGCUCCAGAGAUUCCAGUCUCAUUCAACCUGCGAGGAAGAGGUUGGCUGGUGCGCGGCAAGGGAGAUACAGCAUGGAGGUCAACAGAGGAGAUGGAGCCUUCAAAGUGACCAUAAAGAGGCUGAAGAGGGUGGAUGCAGGGAGAUAUUGCUGUGGAGUGGAGAAAACGUUUGACGUGUUGCGCCAGGAGGUCAAUCUCAUAGUCGUAGAGACUUCCACUGUUCCUCACCAAUCUCCUCCCUCCACCACCACCCUGCAGACCAAAGCAGAAACUCUGCCCCAAGGCAGCUUUCCAUCUAGCACUAAACCGUCACCAGCAGCAGCAACCCACCUCAAAGACACCAUAGUGGUCAUCAUUGUUUCGGUGAGCCUGGCUCUUCUGGUUUGUGCCAUCAUACCUCUUAUAUUCUACGGAAACUGCCGGCGUAAUUCGGAAGGUCAGAACAAGGGUGAGUCUGACUACUGUGAGGAACAUGCAGAAGUUGCUCCUGCUCCGGCUGCAGUGAGGCUGCGGUCUGUAGAACCAGGUACUGAUCCAGAGUCCAGUGUUCAAGAUGCCUCACAGUUUGCUGCUGUCUACCAGGCACUGGAUUCCAAAUCUUUGGACUAAGCAGGGUUGUUUCUGUGUCUGACCUGAAAGCUAAUCUCACCCUCUUCUCUGUGUCAAACACAUGUUUGAAUAUAUUUCUGUGCAUAUCCUUUCUUUGGAUGUCUACUUUUUUACUUUGUAAGUUAUUUCUCUAUUUCUUACAAUGAAUAGCAGCAGUUACCUCCUUGCUGUCCUUUUUAACUUCCACAUUAGGAAUAAGGUUACUGUGAUUUUGACUUAUUGAACACGCCUCUGUUAGACACGUCUGGUGCUGCCUGAUGAAAGUAAAAACUGUUUUGUUAACGGGACCAGUAAAUUUGCAGGAUGUGGCUUAUAUGUUGCACAAAUGGGUACGGAAGAUUUAAAAUAUCUAAAUUAAAACAAAUCAAA